UACAGUUAGAAAAAUGGCUUCGGAAACUGACCAUUUGACCAGAACAGCAAGCAACGUCAGAGAGAAGGUAGUUGCUAAUGCAGAAAUAAAGAAGAUUGACAGUUUAUCAAGCACAGUGAAAAGAUUACAUCUUUAUGUUGAAAACAAAGAUUUCUCUUUCAAAGCUGGCCAGUGGGUUGACAUGUUUAUUCCUGGAUUAGACACGGUUGGAGGAUUCUCAAUGUGCUCAUCUCCUGACUUUCUGAUCCGAACCAGAAUUCUUCAACUAGCAGUGAAAGCUUCACCUCAUCCACCAGCACAUUGGGUCCACACACAAUGCCAGGUCGGGGACACCGUAAAGCUGAGAGUUGGUGGAGAUUUUUAUUACGACCCUCAGCCUCAUACAAAAGAUCAUGACCUCUUGUUGAUUGCCGGAGGCGUAGGUAUUAACCCUCUGUUCAGCAUACUCCAGCACUUCCUGUUUCUUCACUCUGGUCAAGUAGAAGCAGACGUGGGCAGCAGGUUCAGCCAAGACAAGAGUGUCUCACUUUUGUACAGUGCAAGAAAUGCAGAAGAGCUGAUAUUUCAGACAGAGCUGAUAGAAAUGACCGAAAAAUAUGACAAUCUUCUCCUGAAAAUGUUCAGUACACAAGGAGCAGUUGAACACUGUAAAUAUAUAACAGAAGGACGAAUCCAGCUCAAGGAUGUUAAGAAUGCAGUAUCCGCCUUGGACAGGGAGAAGACAAUGGUAUAUAUUUGUGGCCCUCUACCUUUCAUUGAGAAAAUGAAAUCUUACUGCUUGGACUGUGAUAUUUCAGAGGAUCGAGUUAAUUUUGAGAAAUGGUGGUGA